UUUUUUUUAUAUGUUGGCUAGGUUUGAUUAAACAUGGGAAACAAGCCUGCAAAGGAAGAGAAGGAAGAGAUAUUCCUAAAGAUUGUACCUCCUUUGGACCGUGCAUAUGUGCGGUGGCUUGCUCGAGAUCUUGAGAGGAUUCAUCGCUUUACUCCAAGAAAUCCACGUGCUGUGAAGCCACCAGAUCAUUACAUCGAGUACAUGCGCUUAAAUGGAUGGUUGGAUUUGGACCUGGAUGAUCCUGACCUUGCCCACUUAUUGAAGUAGAUAAUCAUAUAUAUAUCUACUACUUGUAAGAGAUUAACAAAGUGAGACAACAAUACUUGGGUUUUGGGAGGUCUUGAAAUUAAUAUUUUGGUGUAAAUGCUUUAUAUGAAUACUUUCCGAUAGUUGGGUUAUCUUGAUGAGAAAAUCGUCUUAAUGAUGAAAGUUGGCUGGUUUUCAUUUGAUAUUAUGGUACGCUUGGAAAGUAUAUCCAAGGCUUGAAAGCAAAUCAAACCCCAGAUAUGGCAGCCCAUUAGACUUGUGCGUUCAUUUUAACAUCAAGGUUAUAUUUUGUUAGUAUUA